GACGAGAGCACGGCCGAGCGUGGCGGACGGACUGUCACGCGGCGAGCAGAUGAAUCAGGGAAGGGUGGUGUCAACGCGGCGCAUCAUCAAGACGCCCGGAAACGCCGCCGCCGACUCCCAAACAUGGCGGAAAGGAGAAAUGACGUACGCACGCACGCAUGUGAGGGAUAUGACGAGAGUCACAACAUGCUGCGUUGAGUCACGUCGGUGCCGCCACGGUGACACGAGUCCACGUACAUAAACGGCGUCGCCCGCAGUCUGCGUGAAUGAGCUUUAAUUACAAUCUCCAUUCCCUCGCGAUUGUGUUCGUCAAGUCUUUUCUUUUGCCACCUCCACCCUGUCAUUACAUUGGCUGAUUGAUCUGUUCUUCCUCCAUUCUGCGUUGACCCGGCUCCUCAUGCAUUUUUAAAACCGCAGCCUACCUUAUCGCUUCUUCAUUAUGCCGAGGGAGAAGCGUGCUGUGUUUCAAUGGAAUCGCAAUAAUAUGGGAACAAUUACAGUCUCUCACACCUCCCCCUCUCUCUCUCUUUUUGUUUUUAAUAGGAGGUUCUACUGUAUUGAGCCACAAGGAAAUGACUCGGUGAAAGAAGGGCCAAAAGAAGAAAAGAGUUUUGAAGGGGAGGGCAAUAAAACCAAGAAAGCGAGAGCCACAAAAGCCGAAUGACGCAGGGCGUGAUGGAGAGCCGAGCGGGUCCGGUCUAUAACUUGGCCGUCCUUCCUUCUGAUGGCCCGGAGGACAACGCAAUUGGAGAGGUCGAAUAGCCAAUGUGAUGGACACAAAACCGAAGGACAGGUUGCAUCCCCCAUGCUUAUUCGCUUGGAAUCUUUCCCGCAGAUGAAUGGGGAGCGAGAGCAACAGGAGGCAUGAGGCUGUUUGAAGAAUAUUUAGACUGCACGCAUUUAUUUUUAUACAGGUAAAAGAUAAAGGACUUUAUCAUCUCGACCUGUGAAUAUGACUUUUCCUUGGGUUAAAGACGAGGGAUAACCUGUGCACGAGCCCCCCCAAAAAAACAGUUGUUAUUCCAUAGGCCGGUCAACACAAAGUCCAGAUCUCUUGCUGUUUCAAUGCCGAUAAAUCAAACGGAAAUUCAAUUUCCUUGGUGAUGCACUGACACGCCGGGCCUUUUGCGUCAGAUCCGCCUGCCCGCAGAGUUGUUGGAUGUUGGGGGAGAGCGAGUGGACAAAGCAAUGGUGAGCAAAGAGCCCAACCUCUUGCUGACGGGCCAAAGCAACGGCAAAAGUGCCCUGGUCGAAAAAUCCGGGACAAUGACCGUGCGUUCUGUGCUUCUCAAUCGGGACUCCCCGGAUAUUGAGAGCCGCCUGAGGCGGCGCCGCAACCGCACCCACCAGGUCCGCUUCAAAGACCUGGAGGAUGGCAGCAGCAGCAGCGGCAACAGCGGCACGGGUGAGAACAGCAGCCAUCAGAAGCCGACGGCGGAUUGCGACAGUCCUCAUCCUCUGCACAAACACGGCAGCAAGUCCCCCAAGGGACCGUGGGGGGAUCGGGAUGGACCACGAACCGGCAGCCUACCAGGUCAGACCUCUGUGGUAGGGGCAGUGCGUGGUGACAUGGCGAGUACAAUAGAGGUUGUGGCCGCUUUCUUGGCCAGGGCCCCUCCCCAUCCACUGACGCCAGGGCCCACACGUCGAUGCUGGGCACCGCCGCAGACCAACUCCUUGACCUUGCCAAUGACGCGCAAGCCAAGCACCAGCACAGCCAUCCAGACCUCGCCAUGCCUGAAAAAGUCUCUCUCCUCCACACACACCCGUAGUCACAGCGUGGGAGAUUCUUUGGGCAUAGACGGCGAUGAUGAACACGACUCCCAGGAUGAGUACCUUUCACACAACCACGUGGCCCUCCUUGGCUCCAAGGAUCUGAAUUGUCCUGAAGGGCCUGUGGAUCGAACUGGGCUUGAACGGAGGUCGAAAUCCUCCAAGGUGGAAAUGAAAUCAACCGUCGCUGUCACAAAAAACUCCAGGCACAGUUGUCCUCCAUCGGUCCUUCACAACACCGAGCCAUUCCGUUGCACGACCCCAUCCUGCCGAGAUGGCCCCAAGCGGCAGGGCAGUGUUACUCCCUCGCUGGUCCGGAGGAGAAAGCGUCUGAAUAGGACAACGAGCGAUCCCGGAAAAGAAGUGCACUAUUGCACCACCCCUACUCAGACUGAAAGCCCUCAUUCAACACUGCCGGCUACAAACGCCAGACUUUGCGUUUCGCGAGUUCAAAACGAGUGCACGUCUGCCUGUUUAAAAUAUUGUACGACACAAAGUCAAACGGAGGACAGACAACAGUCUGAAGUCCAGAUUCAAAACAGAGACUCCAAUUCGACCAUCCCUUUAGAUAUUGCUCAGCGCACCACUCGGAUACAAACGGACUCUCUCUUGCCUUUGCCUCCAGACCAUCAACCAUCCCGGACACAAACCUCUUGCCCCGGUCCUUCUCCUCCUCCGCCACAAUCGACAAACUCAGAUCACUUUCAAGUUGUGAGUCCCGUGCCUCCGAAUGGGAUACAGGACCCUCCCCCCUCACAAAUAACUACCGUGCCUUACUCGACAUCUCCGCCCCCCGCAAGGGCACCAACACAGAGCCCCGAUGAAUGCAAAGAGCCAUCAAUCGAGCCGGCUCGCGUCCCCCCACCAACUCCCUCGGCACCCCUGCCCAGUUCUUGCUCCGCACCCACUGUGAUCCCGCAGCCCAUCUCAUACUAUACUCACGUCACCCCGUCGGCGUUUUCCAGUGCACCGUUCGUCCAGUCUGAUCCAUUGCCGGCUACACCGGCAUGCCUGACUGCGAACUGCGCCUCCCCCGUCCCAAACAUGACAUCCCCAAUUCCCCUCACCUGUCCGACCCCUUCUCCAUGUGACUCCAUAAACCAAACCAGUGCUCAACCACAGCCACCAAAUGCCUCUCCGGCUCCAAAUCAAACACCACUUACAAUCGUGACACAAGCCGCUUUGUCUUGCACCUCCAUCUCUUAUUUCGCUGCAAGCCAUGCAGCAGACCCUAACCAAAAUCCUCCUAGCCCUAUGCGUACCACCCUUAUCCAAACUGUAGCUCACUGUAACAUUCCAUGUCAAGCUUUGCAUCCCGCCUCCUCGGCCGGCAUAGGCAUAGCACCCUACUCCUCUUCGGUACCCAAACUAACAACAAGCACAUUGCCGCUGCCACUGAGCAAUCUUCCAAACGCGACACCAACAAAAGCCGUCCCUCUGUACUCGUUUCGAGCCGCACCGCCGUACACGCCUCCCUCUCAGGUGCCCUUGAAUGCUCAGGAUAAGAGGGGCAUUCGACUACCACCUCCCGCACCGCCGCCGCCGCCCUACACGCCACGUAAAAAAGGAAAUGACCCGCCGGAGGCUGCAGUCCGAGCGCCCGUGCUCAAGACAGAGAGCAAGGCCAUCGAGAAGGAGAAAGAAGCUGCGAAAUGCGCAGACACGCCCAAAGUCUGUGAGGGAGUCGGCUCUCCUAAGCACAGGGCUAAAACUCCACCAGUUUGUGCGGCAAAGGCAGAAAAGCCAUCCACUCCCGCCAAGGCCUGUUUUAAGCCCAGCUGUCUCAGCUCAGCCCAGGCUCAGCUUGGGGUACUACACAAAAUGCUCUGCGCGGGAUCCAACGCUCCCUGCAGCCAACACGUUCUCCCUCCAAACCAGCAGGGAUGUUCUGGGGCCAAGGGUUGCGUCGUGUCCGGGGAGAAAGCCCUGAGCCCCACCCAAGCUGACACGCUGAGACAGGUCAAGGAGAUUCUGGGGGGUUUAAUGUCCGGAGCCAGGUGUAAGUUGGACCCGGCCCGAGUUACAGAGAAGCUCUUGGGCCCCAACGGGCCCUUGCAUGACAUUCGCAGCCUGCAGAACCAUCUCCACAGUCUGGAGGGCGUCCUGGAGACCAGCCAGAAUACGAUCAAGAUCCUAUUGGAUGUCAUUCAAGAUUUGGAGAAGAAGGAGGCUGAGCGAGACGGAAGACAUUCAUACCGAACCGGUCAGGACAUUGAGAACUGCGGGACCUGCAGAGACUGCGCGUGCAUCAUCUACAGCGUCGAACACGACUUUCGUCUUCAGGAAGGGCAGGUGGUCCGCACGUGGAAGGUGGGCGAUCCUCCCGAGGGUUCGCCGCAGACUUCAUCCCCUCCAUCCAGCACGCCCAGCCAACAGGACUCGCCCCAGGCCGUGCGCCCCGUUGCACCCACCAAGAAGAACAGGAAAAAAUGCUUCUGGUUCCUCUGAAAAAAAAAAAGGAGACUUUUGCAACUGCAAUACUCCCGUGGACGGCUGAUUUCAUGAGCGGAGAGGACGAUGACAUGCCGAUACACAAAAGGGAAACAAAAAACAGUGGGACGACGAAACAAAGGUUGAGAUUUGAGCGCCUUUUUGUUGGGUGGUGACGACAAACUGACAAUGCCCCGAUGUGCUUUUAGAGCUCUCCAAAAAAAAAAAAAAAAAGGCCUCUUCAGCUUUGUUAUGGCGCGGGACGGUCGCUUCAAGUGCAAUAUGACUAAGCAAUGAUGAGAUGUCAAGAGGAUGAAAACAGAUGAUCGACACGACACACAAAAAAUUAGGGAUAGUCGGAUUUCAGGUGAGAUGUCAGAAUGAACCUAAAAUGCGCCAGAACAUGUUGAGAUGAACUUCAUUUGACCUUCUCUUCAUGCUUGAUGGCACACGUCCAACUGCGGAGUGCUUCGGUAGUUUUUGAACAACUUGCUGUUCUCUAACCAGGAGCCGAAGUGCAAAAUGACAAGUCGACCAAUUCAUUUCCAAGAACGUCCACUUGCGGUCUUUGUCGUCGCAACCUGCUGAUGACACACAAAGCUCAUGAAUGUUGUCUCGGUCUUGUGAUGACAACAUUUGCAUUUUGCCCUUCAACUGCGUGGUUAGAAAACAGCAAGUGUUGCUCAAAGUACACAAACACUGCAACAUGCGCCGUCAAAAUUUAGACAAUGAAAUUCACAUAUAAAGGUCAUGGUGCAUUAAAGUUCAUCCUGAAAUUUCCGGAAAGAAAGUCAACGUCCCCAAUUUUCUUUGUGUAUUAAAAAAAAAAAAUCUAUAUAUCCAGUCAAAUAUUUAAAAAAGAAUUUGGAGUCAUCAUCAUUAUGGACUAAUGAGGGUCAGAACACCAGCUUUUAUAUUCAGACAUUGAAUAUAUAACAUCAAAGACUUGUGUUUAAAUAUUUAAAAAAAAAAUAUAUAUAUAUAUAUACAUCUUUUACUAUUCAAAUUGUGGGAGAAACCAUUGUGCAUUUCCAAAUGAGCAAUCACUCACUUGCCCUUGCCACACUCCACACGUUAUAAGCAAAGUACAUUUCCAUGAAAAAGUAUUUAAGAGGCUCCUGUGCACAUUCUGCCAUGUUAUAUUUCAGAUAUGGAUUAAUGCUCUAUUAAAAAAAAAAAAGUAUUUUACCACAGCUGCUCAGGGGUGUGGCCUCAUUCUUUCACCCUUUGACGCUGGUAGCACAAGUACUGUUUAUGCACGUCGGCGUAGGUUACGAAAACCACGUGGCGUUAAAUGUUUCACUCUGGAUUCAUUUCGGAAGACUCGAUUGAUCAGAUUGGCGAAUGCUUUGCUGCAUCAAAAUGGAGAGUGAGGAGUCAUGGUUGGCAGUGGAAAGGUUAGCUAGAAUUUUUGUUUUUUUGUGACUUUCACAAUUAUCACCUCCUACGCCCA